AUGGCUUCAUGUGCAGUUGAAAUCACAGGAUUAACAACAAACUAUUGUCAGACAACAAAUUCAAUGAAACAAUCAUCUUCUUUUGAAACAAUAAAUCCACGAUGUCAAUUCAGUUUUCAUGCUGAUCCUUGCAUCAUGGAUCGAACAGCAAUAUUACAAAAUCAUGAAUUAACAAAGAAAAGACAAUUCAAUCGAAGUCAUACAUAUUCAGGUACGAAUGAAUUUCCAACUAUAAUUACAGACAACAACAGCUGUUCGUCACAAGCUGUUCCAAUAAAUAAUCAUGAAAGUCUAGUCACAUCAAUUCGACCAAAAACAUUAUUUCCAAAUGAGUCGAUAAACAAUCUAUCUGUACCACGUUAUCGAACAUGUCUAAGUCAUCCAUCGACAAUAUCUGACUCAUUUCUCUCUAAUGACGAUAAUACCUUAUCACCUCCUAGUUUUACUUCAUUACCUAUACUUGAGUCUCCUCCAGCUAAACGUCUUCGACCACAAACAUUGAACUUUAAAUCAACAAAUCAAUCUGUUCCUAUUAUAGCGAUAAUAAAUUCUUCAUCAUCGUCAUCCACUAAUUUUAUUGAAUCCAGCGAAUUAGUUAACAAAUUAAAUGAAAACAAUGCAAUAGUCAUCUUUGAUUGUGGUUCACCAUUUCGUUAUAAUGAAAAUCAUAUAAUUCGAUCCAAUCUUCUUCAUGUUUCUGAUAAAGUUUCUCGUAGACGUUUUAAAACUAAUCCAACAAAAAAUUUAACAAUUGAUCUGGAACAAUUAAAUAAUUGUGAUUCUAUUAUUUUAUAUGAUGAUAAUAUUAAUAAUGAUCAACAAUUAUCAGCAGGAAUCAAAUGUGCAUGUGAAAUAAUUCAACGUUCUCUUACAAUCAAAUAUCCUUCAAUAUUUAUACUUAAAAAUUCUUUUGAAGAAUUUGCAAAACUUUAUCCAAAUCUAUGUGAAUCUUCACAAACAUCAUUAUUUACACCAAAUGAUCUACCAUCAUCAUCGUCAUCAUCAACUCCUAGUUUAGAUCCUUUAAAUUAUCCAAUGACACAUAUUAUCGAUGGUUUAUUUAUUGGUAGUGAAUCUAAUGCUAAAAAUUUAGAAGAAUUAACUUCAGAAAAUAUUCGACAUAUUAUUAAUGUAACAUCUCAUGUGCCCUUAUAUCAUUCAGAACAAUGCCAUUAUUAUCAUAUACCAGCUGAUGAUACACAAAAACAAAAUUUAUUAGAUUAUUUCGAUGAUGCUUAUAGAUUUAUACAAAAUGCAAUAGAAAAUAAUGAAAAAGUACUUGUUCAUUGUGUGGCUGGAAUAAGUCGAUCACCAGCUAUAGUUAUUAGUUUUUUAAUGCGUUAUGCACAUAUGACAAUGAAUGAUGCUUAUGAAUUUGUCAAAGAAAAACGUUCCAUUGUUUCACCAAAUCUUAAUUUCAUGGGACAAUUACUUCAAUAUGAAAAAAAAUUAAGAGACCAAAACGAAAUACUUUCGAACAAAAAUUAG